UAUCAAUGUAAAAUUUUAGUUCCGCCCAAGAUUACACCAUUUUCAUUCGCCCGCGAUCUGAAUGUCGGCGAUCGUACUAGCAUUCAAUGUGUCAUUGGCACCGGUGACCUACCGCUCACAUUCACCUGGCUAAAGGAUGGAAAACCACUACAACCGGCGGAAACUGCAGGCAUGCAGUUUACGCACAAUGCACGAGACAGCGGCAGUGUCAGCGGUGGGAUUAGUGGUACCGGUGACGUUGCUGCGCCGGGCUCUGGCUCACAUCCGACAUCGAUCAACUAUGCCCACGGCCACGGCUCGAAAACCUACUCGAAUGACGAUGGUAGUAGCGGUGGUGAAGGAGACGGCGGCCUAGUGACAAUUCGCCAAAAUGAUGAUUUCACCAGCGCCCUCAGCAUAACAAGUGUGACGAGGGCUCAGAGCGGCACCUACACCUGUCGCGUCCAAAAUGAUGCCGCAACUGUAUCGCACUCUGCACAGCUAAGAGUUAAUGUUCCGCCUCGUAUAUCGCCCUUUAGCUUUGAAGAUGAAAUAACGGAAGGAAUGCGUACGCAACUAAUGUGUUCCAGCAGCCAAGGCGAUCAACCAUUUAACAUUACAUGGCUGAAGGAUGGUGCUCCCAUACAGAGUGGUGGCAAUGGCAAUUCUGCCGGUAAUCACCAAGAUGUCCAUAGCAAUGGCAUGGGAGGAAAUGGAAACAAGGCUCCCGAUCCUUCCUUGACUAUUAAUGAAUACGCUCCAUUUUCAAGCAUUCUAUCAAUACAUAAUGUUACCUCACGCCACAAUGGCAACUACACCUGUCGAGUGACAAAUCGUGCUGGAUCUGUUGAAUACACAGCUAUGCUGUCCGUGUCCGUGCCACCGCGUUGGAUCAUCAAACCUACGGAUCAGGAUGCCAUACUCGGCAAUCCGAUUAUUUUAAAAUGUCAAGCCGAUGGGUUUCCGGUUCCGACACUGCAGUGGAAACAAUCAAUUGGUGAAUCGGGAGAAUACCGGGAACUGAGUUACAAUAUGGGUAAUGGUAAUUCCAAAUCGUUGAUAGAAACACACAGCAACGGUUCGUUGAUCAUUCCGAAAGUAGGCCGAGAACAUGAGGGUAGCUACUUGUGUCAAGCUAAUAAUGGAAUUGGCGCGGGUUUGAGCCAACUCAUCAAGGUGACCGUUCAUGUUGGACCAACUGUGACAGUAUCGAAAAAACAGGUGACCGUACGAAGAGGCGAUCGUGUAACAUUAAGAUGCGAAGCUGAUGGCGAUCAACCAUUGGAUGUGUCUUGGCGAGCCAAGGCCAACCGAAUAGAUCCAUCAUUCGAUGUUCGCUACCACGUAAAGGAUUCGCCUCUGAGCAGAGGUGUUGUAUCAGAGCUUACGAUUCUUCAGACGAUACUGAGUGAUCGCGGCGAAUAUACAUGUAUUGCAAGCAAUGCGUAUGGACAUGAUCGAGCUGUAAUCCACUUACAGGUCCAAGAGCCACCCAACUUUCCCGUCAAUCUACAUGUCACUGACUUAGGAAGUCGUUCGGUGACAUUGGCUUGGUCACCGAACGAUCAGGAUUCAGUAUUGUUGGGUGGAAAUAACCGGGAUUCCCAACCAAUUUCGAAUUACAUAUUACAAUAUAAGAAAGCUGGAGAUGUAUGGCAUGAUGGCAACAAUCAAAAGUUACUACCUGGCGAUAAGACUACCGCUCAAAUAGGAUCACUGCGACCGGCUCAAGCAUAUCAUUUCCGGUUAUAUGCCGAAAACCAUUUGGGCACAAGUGCCCCGAGUGAUAUUCUGCUCCUACAAACUGAUGCCGAAGCGCCUAGCGGCAGGCCCCAGGACGUUUCAGCAGAGCCGUUAGGGCCACAACAAUUGCUAAUCACGUGGCGCCCUCCCGAACGAGACACGUGGAAUGGAGAACUUUUGGGAUAUACUAUCGCCUAUCAGAAACAUGGAUCUACUGAUAGUUUUCAGAAUUUCACAAAAGUGAGCAGUCUUGGCGGCGAAGGAUUGAACGACUUCCGUUUGACUGGUUUGGAAAAAUACACGCAGUAUGCUGUCACUGUAUCUGCGUUCAAUGUCAAAGGUGACGGCCCUCCCAGUGAAGUGGCUCUGGGUCAUACUCUGGAAGAUGCACCAUCAGCCCCUCCUCAAUCAGUAACUUGCAUUGCAUUGACAGCUCAAAAUAUACAAAUCUCGUGGCAACCACCACCAAAGGAAAAUCAUCAUGGUGUUAUUCAAGGCUACAAGGUCCUAUACGAACCUGGAAAUUUCGACUCAGAGUAUGGUAGCAGAGAAACCAAGAUUACAUCGGCUCUGAGCACUGUCUUGCAUGGUCUACAACCUUUUACAAACUAUAGUGUUCAGGUUCUGGCAUUUACCCGUGCUGGGGAAGGCGUGGUCAGUGCAACAGUGUCAUGUAUAACGGAAGAGGCCGUACCAGAUGCUCCGGAAAGAGUAAAAUCAGUGGUCAACUCGGAGUCGUCUGUCAUUAUAAGCUGGCUACCACCGAGGAGGCCUAAUGGCGUAGUCACGAAGUACACCGUCUAUAUUCGCAUCCUCGACAAAGGGCAGGAACUAAAAAUUUUAAAAGAAGUCCUACCGUCACAGAACCGACAUUUUGAGGCCAAAGACCUUUCGACAAGAGAAACCUAUGAGGCUUGGGUGACGGCUUCGACCCGCGUUGGCCAGGGUCCUAGUACACCGGUCAUCAAACUUGUGCCCAGUGCCACUGUACCGGCAGCCAUUAUCUCAUUUAGUCAAACUCUUAGUGUCAGUUGGAGGGUUGAUAUGAAAUUGCCAUGUUUAUUUGUAGGAUCGCCGAAGCCAAAUGCCGAGUGGAAGGUGCUGAAUGCUCGAGCAAAAAAACAUUUCCGCUUAGAAGUCAGCAACGAUAAUACUCUUACAUUGCGAAGUAUUCAAAGGUCACAUGAAGGCAAUUAUUCCUGUGUAGUGAGAAAUUCCAUAGGUUCCGACCACAUCGUAUAUCAACUAUUUGUCCAAGUUCCACCAUCGGCACCUGUUAUAUCCGUCAUUGGCACCACAACCAAUUCGGUCUCCCUGCAAUGGAAAGUGGACGACAUUGGGGGUGCGCCAUUAAGGGGUUUCACCUUAACAUAUCGCAAAGAGUUUGGAGACUGGGAAGAAAUCCAACUCGACCGGCGGGUAAACUCGCACCUCUUGGAGGGAUUACAGUGUGGAACGCGAUAUCAAUUCACAUUGGUUACAUUCAAUAAAAUUGGUACAAGUGCCACCAGCUCCAUUGAAGUUGGCAAAACGAAAGGAAACAAACCUGUCGCUCCGACUAAACACAGCCUAAUUAGACCCAAUAUUACUUCGGCGCUAAUUGAACUUUCGUCGUGGCAGGAUGGCGGCUGUCCAAUUCAGUAUUUCAGUAUUGAAUUUAAACGCUAUGGUAUCUCCAGCGACUGGAUUAUCGUAUCCAGCCGCAUCGAGACCCACACACGCUACACCAUUGGCGAUUUGGAGUCGGGGACCAUUUACAAUUUGCGUGUAACGGCCCACAAUAAUGCUGGAUCAACCAUUAAGGAGUAUACAUUUGAAACAUUGCGUUUUAGUGGCAUGCCUCGUGAUUUGGAUCAGAGUGACUUGCCCCAGGUGAAUUCCUUAUUUAGGGAUGCCCAUUUAAUAGCGGUGAUUAUUACAUCUAUUUUCGGCACAAUAUUGGCUCUGAUCGGCGCUUGUAUAUGUUUCAAGAAUUAUCCGCGGCACAUAUUUUCUCGCAAUGUGGAUACGAUGAGGCCUCCUGGCAACGAGGGAAAGGAUCUACAACACCGUGAGCAAUAUUAUGGUACGAUGCGCAAAUCGUGUCAGCAAUCACCGGGAGAUUCGGUUGUUGCACUUGAGCGCAUACCUGAAUACUCUGAAGAUAUAUAUCCUUAUGCUACAUUCCAUUUACCAGAACACGAGAACCAGUCGGCCAAUAUUCCGCUUAACCGCAAGGGCAUUCAGCCGGCCAUGUACGAUCCACGCAGUGGUGGUGAGUGCAGCCAUACAAACACCGAGAAGCGUCACAAGCGACGGUCCAAGACCAUCAAGUCGGAGUCAGAGGAAUACGAUAGUCUAAACAGCGACAGUGAUUUGAGUGGCGAACGUAUACGCGACGAUAACCGUAGUACUCGAACGGAUGCUUCCAGUCAGAUGGACAACUCCGCAUACAACAUUCACGGGCAUAGUCCACGCGGUAGCGGUAGCAGCAACAAAGAACGCCUGUCGGUAUUCAGCAGGCCUCAACUUCAUAGUAACAGCGUGGACGCGGUGCCGCUCGACUACCGGCUCUUUGACCCGCCACCAAAACAACGCAAACAACAGCAAUCAUCCAAUGGGAAAGCAUCAUCCCCCAAACAUCAUCAGCGACAAGCUUCAGACGAAUGUGCCAAAAAUUCAGCCAACAAUACAAAUUUGUCCGGCAGUAUAUCCGGUAAAAUUCGAUCAAAAACUUCCGAUAAUAAUUCCAACAGCGGAAACAGCCUCGCCGGUGAAUUCCAAUGUACGUCUAACAGCGUCCCCUCCCCGCAUAUUGUCCAGUCGGGCUCCUAUGUUGAAAUUUUAAAGCAAGCCACGAAUUCAACACCGCCACAAUCCAUGCCAUCGCACGAUCGUCUCCCCACCCAUUCCAAGGGUUCCAUAACUUCAGCAUCGUCGCUGGCUUGCCAUAAUAAAAGCUAUGGCGAUUUUCUGACCAUUACUCCUCGACGUAAAGGUAAACAACUCUCUGCUGAGCAUAAAAAUGCCGCAGGAGAAGGACACGACAACUAUCGGCAUCAUUUGCCGCACAGCAUAGAACCUCUUCAUCUGCUGGGAAUUCCAAACGACAAUAUGUCUACAUUCUUUGACUACCGGGCCAUGGAAACCCUCAGUAAUGCCGAUACUUUGGCUAUUGGAUCCACCAUGGCCGGCCACAUGUAUCCUUCUAAAGGCAGCAAACAAUCUAUUCAAGGUUCCGGACCACCUUCCACCGAUCGGCAGGUGCCGGAAGAAUUUCACCACAUAAUCAGCGAGAAAAACUUGAGCCCUCCAUCAGCAUUUUGUGAUAACAUAUCAUCGUUGAACAAAGCAUAAGACUUUGACAAGCUUACCACGACAGACCAGAACUGCAAUUAAUGACAUAUCCAAGGAUUCUUGAGGUGCAUUUAAAAACCAGA